GACUGUGGCGAACGCAGCUCGGGCGCCGCGGGGUCGCAGCGCCCCUUUCACCCCGCAGCCCAGCCCUUGGCAGCCGGGGCUAGCGCGAGCCCACCGCGGGCCCGCGCCGCCGCCGGUCCCCGCGCCACCCGCACCUCCGGCCCGGGCCGUGCGCUUCGGCGGCGGCAGCGGCGGGCCCGCCCCUCCGUGCGCGGCGGGGACGGACCGGCUCCCGGAUCCUGAAUUCCAAACUGCACGGGAUGCGCAGCCUCCCGUCCCCGAGGGCCGAUCCGACGGUACCGGGGAUCCGACUCCUCCCGUGACCCAGGACUGCGCUGGCCACGUUUCCCGGUGCCCCCGCCCAGCCUAGGGGCGGGAGGGCACCGGGGUCCCCGGGGCCCGUGAAGAGAUCGGCGAGCCCAGCACGACCCUGGCCAUGUCGCCCUCAGCCCCCUGCACUUCGCCCCGGUUCCUCGAGUGCCCCCUGGGCCGGCCCGGGCCGCUCCCCACCCGCCCGCUCUCUCCAGCCCCGGGCCCAGCCCAGCCCGCCGGCCUCAGCCCCGCGCAGACUUGGUGACUGCCCGCGCCUCGCUCCGCCCCCGUCCCCGCCCGACGGUGGCCCUCGGGAGCCGGGCGUCCCCGGGCCGCUCCCCCCCUCCCUCCCCCGGCCGGGACCAUGGUGUUUCUCUCUGGAAAUGCUUCGGAAGGCUCCAACUGCACGCACCCUCCCGCCCCGGUGAACGUUUCCAAGGCCGUUCUGCUGGGGGUGAUCCUGGGGGGGCUGAUCGUGUUCGGGGUGCUGGGGAACAUCCUGGUGAUCCUGUCGGUGGCCUGCCACCGCCACCUGCACUCCGUCACGCACUACUACAUCGUCAACCUGGCGGUGGCCGACCUGCUGCUCACCUCCACCGUGCUGCCCUUCUCGGCCAUCUUCGAGAUUCUGGGCUACUGGGCUUUCGGCAGGGUCUUCUGCAACAUCUGGGCGGCGGUGGACGUCCUGUGCUGCACGGCGUCCAUCCUGGGCCUCUGCAUCAUCUCCAUCGACCGCUACAUCGGGGUGAGCUACCCGCUGCGCUACCCGGCCAUCGUGACGCCCCGGCGGGGCGUGCGCGCGCUGCUGGGCGUCUGGGCGCUGUCCCUGGUCAUCUCCGUCGGGCCCCUGUUCGGCUGGCGGCAGCCGGCCCCCGAGGACGAGACCAUCUGCCAGAUCAACGAGGAGCCGGGCUACGUGCUCUUCUCGGCGCUGGGCUCCUUCUACGUGCCGCUGGCCAUCAUCCUGGUCAUGUACUGCCGCGUCUACGUGGUGGCCAAGCGGGAGGGCCGGGGCCUCAAGUGCGGCCUCAAGACCGAGAAGGCGGACUCGGAGCAGGUGACGCUGCGGAUCCACCGCAGAAACGCGCCCAGCCCGGGCGCCGGCGGCGGCGGGAGCGGCGGGGGCGGCGGGGCCAGCAGCGCCAAGAACAAGACGCACUUCUCCGUGAGGCUCCUCAAGUUCUCCCGCGAGAAGAAAGCGGCCAAGACGCUGGGCAUCGUGGUGGGCUGCUUCGUGCUCUGCUGGCUGCCCUUCUUCCUAGUGAUGCCCAUCGGGUCUUUCUUCCCUGAGUUCAAGCCCUCAGAAACAGUCUUUAAAAUCGUAUUUUGGCUCGGAUACCUAAACAGCUGUAUCAACCCCAUCAUCUACCCGUGCUCCAGUCAAGAAUUCAAAAAGGCCUUCCAGAACGUCUUAAGAAUCCAGUGUCUGCGUAGAAGGCAGUCUUCCAAGCACACGCUGGGCUACACCCUGCACGCCCCCAGCCAUGCCCCGGAAGGGCAGCCCAAGGACAUGGUUCGCAUCCCCGUGGGAUCCGGAGAGACCUUCUAUAAGAUCUCCAAGACCGACGGGGUCUGCGAAUGGAAGUUCUCUUCCCUGCCCCAUGGAUCUGCUAGGAUUACAGUGCCCAAGGACCAAUCUGCCUGUACCACAGCCCGGGACUUUUAGCCAUGAAAGCACCUGUACGCAGCCCCAGCCGAGCCCAGCUGGAAUACAUUGCUCUGCUCCGUGUCCACACCUCUGCGGGGCCGCGUCCGCCAUCUCCCAACGGCAACGGCAGCAACCGCCGCUGGCUCCCCAAGGUCCCCGCCAGCUGAACGGACCGAGAGGACAGAGAGGAAGGAACACGUUAGGAUUUCCGCAGAGGACGCGGGACUCCUGUCAAGGUGACCACGAGCAUGCGCCUUCAAGUUCCCAGACCCAAAGGCCACGUGGGUAGACUGAGACCCGGACCUGUCUUCUCUGUGCAGGAAAGUGUCCUCACUUCUUCACCACUGUGAGGUGGAUUAGGGGUGCUCUUCCCCACCCCCACCCCCCGCCCCCAGGGCUGCGGGAGUGGCCUUAAGAGAGAAAACUUGGGGCUGGAGGCGUGGCUCAGGUGGUAGAACUCCAGCCAGUGAGUGAAAGGAUCAGAGACUGAGUUCGAGUUCCAGACCAGAAAGAAAGAGAGAGAAAGAGAAAACUUACCAAAGAUGUGGCUCAAAGCAGGGCAGCAUAGUGAUGCUGUGCUUCAAAUAAGCCGGGAACUGUGCCCCAAAAAGCACAAUAAUGACUUGGCUUUUCGCGUGGCUCAGGAGUUAAGACAUUACUCUCUCUUUCUCUUGUCACUCUCGCUCUCUCUCUCCAUAUCCUACGUACUCAGUGAGGCCGCACUGUAAGGUAGAAGUGAUUAUUGCUGAAUUAUGAAAAGGCAGAUUUAAUUAGCUUAAAAAAAAACUUCGAGCAAAUUUAUACUGCAUUUGGAAAAAAAUAUAUAUGCUAAUGGCCCUGACCUAUUAAAUAGACUGAAUACAGGAGAUGCAUUCAAAUGGGAGAUGAAGCUAAAUCAGAAAUCCCUACCUGAGUUUAACGUUCCCAUCUACUCUCAAAAUAAUGUUUCCUAUCUCAGGUCUUUCCUGCAUAGUGUAAGGAGGACAGGGUUCUUACCUAUUCUCAGCGUAUGGAGAAAUGGGAGGAGAGGGCUUGAGGAUUUCUUCAAAUACCCACUCUGCCUCUGGUUCCUUUUUCUGUGACACCUCGAUGUCCCCCCAGUCCACUGGAUUCCUUACCUCCUUGACUUCUAUAGCUUGCUUUUUCAUUUCCAGUCGGUAAUUCCCAUAAUUCCAGCUUGAUUUGCACCUUCUCUCCUGGUCUCUUGGCCAGCAGUUACGCAACACGGGACUGUUCUUGAGGUCAAGUGCACAUUCUUCCUUAGCUAGCAGACAGACACUUGCCAUCCUGGUUCUUUCUCCCUUGAUAAGCCACCACGGAGCCAGGAAAAUGGGGUGCUAUGAGCAGGAAACUACUGAUCUGCCCCAAAGGGUGACAUGGGAAGCAAAAACCAGCUGUGACUGUCACCUCAAAAAUCCUCAGAAACACAAAGGUCCCAAAGGAGAGUUGCAAGAAUAUUCCUUCAGGAAUGUUCAAGCCUGUGGCCAGCAGCGAGCUACCUCCCCGUGCUGGCCUUGCACUUGGCACAAAACCCCAGGGAGGCACAGACAGUCCCCAGCUAAUGAGCCGGGUGAUCUCCAAGGCCAUCUGUUCUGAAGUCAAGAAUGCGCUUUUCCAAGAGGCAUUCUUACACGUGGAGAGGGGAAGAUGUUCCCAGAUGAACUGAAAAAAAAAUCUAUUUAAUGUACACCAGGAAUUGGCAAACAUUUUCUGUAAGCAGCUAGAUAGAAAAUCUCUUAGGUGUUGUGGGCAACACGGUCUCUGUCACAUUCUUUGCUUUGUCUUUUGGGGGGGAAGAAGGGACAAUCCUUGAAAAAUACAAAAGCCUUCUUGGCUCAGGAAAGGGAGAUGGAGCCAGGCACCGAUGGCUGAUAUUUGUGAUCCUUGGCUACCCAGAAGGCUGAGCUAGGAGGGUCGUGGUUUGAAGCCAAGCCCAAGCAGCCAAAUCAAUG